AUGGCCAUCAGCAAGCUCUUCCAGCCCCUCAAGGUGGGACGCCUUCAAGUAGACCACCGAAUCGCCAUGGCGCCCCUGACGCGGUUUCGGUGCGACGAGCAAGGCGCGCCGCUCCCGAUCAUGACGGAGUACUAUACCCAGCGGUGCAGCACGCCCGGCACAUUGAUCAUCGCCGAAGCUGUCAGCAUCUCGGAGAAGCACUAUCUCGGGGAGUACGCGCCUGGUAUCUGGACAGGGGCGCAGAUGGAUGCGUGGCGCAGCGUCGUCGACGCCAUCCACGCAAAGGGAUGCUACGUGUACUGCCAGAUCAUCGCGCCCGGGCGGGCGAAUGCCGGCCGGGGGAUCACCAGCUACAGUUCGAGUGCCGUCCCACUGGACGGCGCGGAGGCCCCCCAAGAAAUGACGGGGGCGGACAUUGAGGAGGUGAUCCGGGAUUUCCGCAAUGCAGCCAAGAAUGCCAUUGAGGCUGGCUUUGACGGUGUCGAGCUCCAUGGGGCCAAUGGGUACUUGAUCGACCAGUUCGUGCAGGACACCUGCAACAAGCGAACAGACGCCUGGGGUGGGUCAUGCGAAAAUCGCUCCCGGUUCGGCUUCGAGGCGGUCAAGGCCGUGGUCGAUGCCGUCGGGGGCGACAGGACGGCCAUCCGCCUCAGCCCCUGGAGUCUCUUCCAAGGCAUGAAGAUGGAGGUCAGUGCCGCAGAAGCACAAUUCUCCGACCUCAUCCGCAGACUCAAGACCCUCAAGCUGGCGUACCUGCACCUCAUCGAGUCGCGCGUCGUCAACCACAUGGACUGCGACAAGGUGGAGGGACUGGAGUUUGCCUUUGACAUCUGGCAGAACCAGUCGCCCAUCCUGAUCGCCGGCGGCUUGAACAAGGAGAAGGCCUUCAAAGCCGCGGAUGAGGAGUACAAAGACUUUGACGUCGUCGUCGUGUUUGGUCGCUACUUCCUGUCGACCCCUGACCUGGUGUACCGGUUGAAAAGUGGCCUGGAGCCGAACCCGUACGACAGGAAGACGUUCUACACCCCAGGGCAGAGGGAAGGGUAUAUCGACUAUCCAUUCAGUCAGGAAUUCUUGCAGGAGGGGAGCAAUAAGUUACAAGCAGUCUAG